AUGGUGUCACGCAACCAGUCUUUGCUGGAUGAGUACGCCAAGUAUGCCUGCGGAGAUGGCAGGGACUACUUUCUGACGGACCCAACCCGAAGCCUGCACGCCGAACUGGCACCCCUGGAGGCUGGAUGCAUCAACAUGCAUCACCGGUGGGCGACGGUCAAGAUGACCUUCGCAUCGAAUGCUAGCCAUGGCGAGUACCUGUACAGGGACUGCCCGGAGAGCUGUUUGGAGGAGGAGUUCUGGCACAAGCUGCCCACGCAAGUCGUAGACCACGACCUGCUGGUGCUCCCAAGCAUGCGCGAGCCACCGGGGAUGGAGUACCAGCACGCACUCCUCGACUUCCUGCCGCCGGCCUGGACAGUGCUUGACCUGCUUCGGAACUCCUCCACGAAGUUGGUGGUCUUCUCGCCGUUUCAGCGGCGUCUGCUGGCCACCCUCGGCUUUCCCAGCGAACAGGUCCUGGAAGUUCCCCUCACGGACGACCGACCCGCACUCCUGCUAUGCGCGCAGAGGGGCCGGACAAUGCAUCUCUGGCGCGUCGGCGGCUCGCGCAGCUCGGGGAGCUCGGGAGCGCUCCCGAGCCAUCCCUACCAGGACGGCCGGUUCGAUGGAGACCUCUGGCACCGGCUCAUCGACUUCCAGGUGGGACCAGAAAUCUCCGAUGCCAUCGCGCAGUACAAUGGCUUCGCGGAGAGAAGUUUUUGGGAGCCGCGGCUGGUGGUGUUUUUGCAGCGUUGCACCGACCACCGGGCCCUGGAGAACGAGCAGAGGGCCCUUGAGGCAAUCAGCCGGGCCUUGUUGAAGUCAAAUCGGACAGAGGAGCUGCUCUCAAUUUGCACAGGCCGUGAGGACUUCUUGGAGCAGGUCCAGAAGGUCCGACAGGCGCGGCUCAUCAUCGGCGAACAUGGAGGGGCGAUGGCCAACACGGUCCUAGCGCGCUCCGAUACAGGUGUUAUCGAGCUUGUUGCCGAUGCCGCAGCCCAGAAGGGCAUGGAAGGACCGUGGCCACCUUACAAAAGUUACUUCUACGGCGGACUUGGGGCAGCCUUCCCCUUCUACCGAGUGGUCCUCUAUGAAGCCGACCCGCGCGGCAAGCUCUGGGUUCGUUUGGACGACCUGCAGACAGCCGUCACCGACUUCCUGAACCGACUCGGCUAG